CCCCGCCCCGCCGGCCCCGCGACCUCCCGGCGCCUUUGCCCAGGGAGGCGUUAACCUCGCAGGGGCGAGCCGGGGUGUCUACAAGUUUGGGGUCAUUGGCGAUUGUAUUCUGUCGUUCGGUGCCCGUAGCUUUCUUUUCCAUGACAGAUCUUGACGACAAUACAUGCAAAAAAUAUAUAAAGAUGAUUACUAAUAUCGUAAUAUUGAGCCUGAUCAUUUCCAUUUCCCUAGCAUUCUGGAUUAUGUCAAUGACAGCUAGCACCUAUUAUGGUAACCUGCGGCCUGUUUCUCCUUGGCGCUGGCUGUUCUCCGUUGUUGUUCCUGUUCUGAUUGCCUGUAAUGGCUUCAAAAAGAAAAGUCUAGACCACAGUGGAGCUCUAGGAGGGCUAGUGGUUGGAUUUAUCUUAACCAUUGCAAAUUUCAGCUUUUUUACCUCUCUGCUGAUGUUUUUCCUCUCAUCUUCAAAACUCACCAAAUGGAAAGGAGAGGUGAAGAAGCGUCUAGAUUCGGAAUAUAAGGAAGGAGGCCAAAGGAACUGGGUUCAGGUAUUCUGUAAUGGAGCCGUGCCCACGGAGCUGGCCCUGCUGUACAUGAUAGAGAAUGGCCCCGGGGAAAUGCCCAUAGAUUUCUUCAAGCAGCCCACUGCUUCCUGGAUGUGUUUGUCUCUCCUGGCUGCGCUGGCCUGCUCUGCUGGAGAUACCUGGGCUUCUGAGGUUGGCCCAGUUCUGAGCAAAAAGCUCACCUCGGCUGAUAACAACCUGGAGAAAGUUCCAGUUGGAACCAACGGAGGCGUCACCGUGGUGGGGCUCGCCUCCAGUCUCCUUGGUGGGACCUGUGUGGGCCUGGCCUACUUCCUCACACAGUUGCUGUUUGUGAAUGAUUUAGACAUCUCUGCUCCCCAGUGGCCCAUAAUUGCAUUUGGAGGUCUGGCUGGGUUACUAGGCUCAGUUGUGGACUCAUACUUAGGGGCAACAAUGCAGUUUUCUGGUCUGGAUGAAAGCACCGGACUGGUGGUCAGCAGCCCGGCCCCGGAGACUAAACACAUAGCAGGGAAGCCCAUCCUGGACAACAAUGCCGUGAACCUCUUCUCCUCGGUCUUGGUCGCCCUCUUGCUCCCAACAGCCGCUUCGGGCUUUUGGCCCAGAGAGUGACCUUUCUUUCCUUCCCAACUGGGUGAUACUGGUGAGUCCAGCUGAAUUUGCCAUGUGAAGAUUGUUUUCCCUAGUGAAUAAUUUCACCAAUCCUGGGGACGCCGGCUCCUCCCGUGCUCCAUUGUGGUGGGAUUCCAUCAUGCCCUUUCAGCUCCUUUCAUAGCCUGACGUCUUUGUGGUGAAAGGUGAAAGUGCAUAAAAGUUAUGCACAUUUUUCUUCUGCUGCAUGAAGUUUCGUGAUCGAUGGAGCUGUUAUUUCCUCUGUGGUUGUGUGCUGAGCUGAGAGUCUACAUGGUCUCCAUAAAAUGUUGUUUUGUUCGGCUUCUAAAAACCAAGUGUGUUGACAAUUGAAAAUGGUUUCCACUUGUAUAGAAACAUACCACUAUGACAGUUGCCCCAAAGUUAUAUCUGCUUUAAUGACUUAACCCAGUACACAUGGAAGCCCAAAGAAGUACACUAACUGGAACUUUCCCCAUUCUCUUUCUAGUCACAACUGUGAAAAAUGCAGGCAUUGGUACUCCACAUUUUUCUUCCUUUCUCCCAACUAAUAAUGUCAUUGUUUGGACAAAUUUCUCUUUCAAUCACAUUAGAAAAUGUAAAGAAAAAAAAAUUUUUUUUUUCCGAGACAGAGUUUCUCUGUGUGGCUUUGCACCUUUUCUGGAACUCACUUAGUAGCCCAGGCUGGCCUCAAACUCACAAAGAUCCGCCUGCCUCUGCCUCCCGAGUGCUGGGAUUAAAGGCGUGUGCCACCACCGCCCGGCAAGAAAAUUAUUUUUUACAAAAAGAAAUCACUUAGAAUUUCACCUUCUGGAUGAAGGUAUAUCUUGGUGGUAACACUCACCUCAGAUACACAGUACCCUGGUUUAGAUGGCCAGCACUGAAAGGAAGUUUACACUUUAUGCGUUCAUGUCUUUGAAAUACACGUAAGAAUCUGGGUGCCACACUGCCAUGUGGAACAGUUAAUGAGUCACUGGAAAAAUAGUGUAAUUAUUUUUUAAAUUUACUUUCAUUUGAACUUUGAACUUAAUUUUGUAAGUGCCUGGAAAUGCUGUGAUUUCCCAUCAGGAACCUUCUAAGUCAUGCAUUCCUUUUCUUUGUAGCCUCAGCCUAAGUGGAUUCUGUUUGUGACUGUGUUCUUCACUGUGUCUUACCUUGUACAAAAAAGGUUUUGAAGGAGCAGGUUAUUUUAUUAAAUAUGUCCUAAAAUA